AUGGAGUUGCUUCCAAAACCCUUGUAUAGAAACUUAAACCGGUUUUGGCGGCGGAGGCAAUACCGGCGGCUGGACAAGGCUGCCAGAGGGCGGAAAAAACUAGCGGUGGCAUGGUUUGGCGGGGAGCCGGUGCGGCGAAAGUGGAAGUUGAGAGCUCCACGGAGGCUGCGAAUACUGCAAUUGAUCGGAAGAUCGCCUCUGAAGCUGUGGAGUAAAAUAAAGAAUGGGUAUAUUAACAUGAUGGUUAACUUGGCGGGUAACGUUGGUUCCUUGAACACCAAUAAUGUUUUUGGAGCAAAGAGAAUUCCAAAAUCUAAGCCAGCUCAUGAUCGUAAAUCAAUCGUUUAUUCUGGGGACGAGGUGGAGAGGAGAUUGAUUAUUGAGAUCUAUAAGGCUUUGCAGAUAGUUUCAGCUCAUGAUCAUCAACAUGGUGAUCAAGAGGUAGUAAGAGCCGUUUAA